GCCAGCACCGCGCGGCGGGGUGAGCCGCCGCAAUCAAGCUGCUUCUUUCACCCAGCGACGGUGCGCACGGUGGCUUGAAGGCGAGCGCCAUGAGCUCUGGGAGCCCGAGCGCUCUAGCCGGCAGCGGCGACGCCCGCACCCAACAGACAGCGAGGAUGAGGAUGACACGCUCCUGGCAGCCCGCCACGCUCGUUGUUUGGCAUUGGCUGCAGAAGGUGAGCUCUCCCGGGCCUGCGCUUCCCUGGUGGAUCCGCCGCUCCUUGAAAAGAACGCGGCAGUCAUUGCUGCCCUCCGGCACAAACAUCCCACCGCGCCGCCAGCCCGACCCAGCCUGCUGGCUUCCGGGCCUUGCCCUGUCGGUGCCGUCCCUGACUUUGCAGUGGCGGAUGUGGUGAAAGCUGCCCGCAGCUUCCGGCGUGGGAGCGCUGCUGGACCCUCAGGCCUCCGGGGUGAACACUUGCGUGAAGCUUUGGAGAGCGCCCACGGCGAUGAGGUUGCAGCCCACCUCACUCGGGUGGUCCAGCUUCUUGUUCGGGGUGAAGCUCCUUUCGAGCUGGCGCAGCAUCUUGCUGGGGCCACCUUGCACGCCUUACCCAAGGGUCAGGAUGAUGUGCGGCCAAUUGCAGUUGGUGAAACUUUGCGGCGCUUGGUUGCCAAGUGCCUCUGCUCCCAUGUCAAAUCCGAAGCCCGUGAGUGGCUUUCACCCCUGCAGGUUGGUGUGGCUGUUCCCCUGGGUGCUGAAGCGGCCGUGCAUUCAUCCCGGCACUGGGUCCAUGCGCACAGCAACAAUCCCGACAAGGUUUUCCUCAAGCUGGACUUCGUCAACGCUUUCAACACCGUUGAUCGGGCAACUGUUUUGCGGGAGGUGCGGCUGCGCCUUCCCGCCAUGGCCCCUUGGGCAGAGUGGUGCUACAGCCAUCACACCAAGCUUCUCUUUCAAGGUGAAGCCUUGACAUCCGAAGCAGGGGUGCAGCAGGGAGUCGGGCUCCACCUGAACGUGGGCAAGUGUGAGCUCACCACGCUCGGGGGUCCCAACACGAACUUGGACAGCAGCCUUUUCCCCCCUGGCUUGCGCAUCAACCAUUCCGGGGAGUUCGUUCUGCUUGGCUCUGCCCUCGGCAGCCCCAGCUUUUGCCACCAGCACACCAAGCAGCGUGCGAUGCAAACGGAACCUCUCCUUCAAGCUCUGGGCCAGCUGCCCGACAGCCAGACAGCCCUCAUGCUGCUCCGUCAUUGCGCCUCCUGGUCAAAGCUUGUAUACUCCAGUCGGGUCACCCCACCCCCGUUCCAUCAGGAUGCAUUGAAGUCGUACGACCUGGCAGUUCUUCAAUGCUUGGAAUCUUGUUGCACGGGAGCACUUACGCCGGGGGCAUGCCUCCAGGCCACCUUGUCCACCAAGUCUGGCGGCCUUGGCCUUCGCAGCAUUUUCCGUCACAGUGGAGCUGCCUAUACGGCUUCUGUUCUGGCCACUUCUCCAAUUUGCUCCUUGCUGCUGCCAACCUACAACCCCAGCACGGACGCCAUCAUUGCCAACCUCAACGAGUCGCUGCUCGCUGCCGACCAUGUUGCUCUCCCACCGCCGCAUUCCCUUCGACAACAAGAUUUGUCUCGGGCAGUGGAUAGAAGCACGGCCGCCCAGCUUGCCUCGGCCUUCUCUGGGCCCGGCCAUGAAGCUUUUAGAGCGCAUCUCCAACUUCUUCAAGAACCUGGAGCAGGUGCUUGGCUGCAGGCCCUGCCAAGUGCUGCCCUUGGCCUCCAUGUUGACAGCGUCCUCUUCCGCGUCAUGGUUCGCCUUCGUCUUCGCCUUCCUCUCCAUUCUGAAGAUGUGCCUUGCCGUUUUUGUGACGGGGUGUGUGAUACCUACGGAGACCACUCUCGGGCCUGCCCUUGUGGUGGCGACAGGACGAAGCGGCACAAUCGUCUCCGCACCAUCGUCGCGACCUGGGCAUCAGCGGCUGGCCUCCACCCUGAACUUGAAAAACCCGGGUUGCUCCCGCCCAGGCUUGAACAUGGUGGGGCCUCAGAAGAUGGCGUGCGGCAAGGGCCUGGUCGACGCCCAGCAGAUGUUUACGUCCCGCACUGGGGCCUUCAUGGUGCAGCGGCUUUCGACCUGGCAGUCACGUCGGGGCUGCGCGUCGGGGCGGUCGCUGGCUCUGCUCAAGAUGGCAGCCGGUCGGCGGCAGACUACGAAGCUCGCAAGCGUUCCCACCACAACACCGAAGCCACGUGCACCGCUGAAGGGUUGCAGUUUGUCCCUCUUGUCGCUGAAGCAUGCGCUGGCGGUUGGGCACCUGCAGCCACUUCGACUUGGAAACUCCUCGCGCGUGCCGUCGCUGGUCGCACUGGUGAGUCUGUCUCCGUUUUGACGGAGCGGCUGCAACAAACCCUGGCUUUGACUUUGCAGCGGGAGAACGCUCGAGCGGUCCUUCGAAGAGCUGGAGACGCCAUUUCUCCAACAGUUUCUUUGGAAUCGCCUUAG